AGAGAGAGAUACUGAAGAGAUAGAGAGAGAGAGAGAGAGAGAGAGAGAGAGAGAGAGAGAGAGUUCUUCCCUGAAGCAGAGAUGACUGAGAGUUGGAGUGAAAGAUCAGUGGAGGAGAAAGAAAGCAUGGGGUUUGCAGAGGAUGAUGGCCACACUCGGACAGGAACUGUAUGGACUGCAACAGCACAUGCGAUUACAGCUAUAAUAGGCUCUGGUGUUCUUGCUUUGCCAUGGAGUGUAGCUCAAAUGGGAUGGAUACUUGGCCCCUUCACCCUUCUUGCUUGUGCAAUCGUCACUUACUACACUGCAAAUUUACUCAGCGAUUGCUACAGAACUCCUGAUCCUAUUCAUGGGAAGAGAAAUCAUACUUACAUGGAUGUAGUUAGUUCAUGCUUAGGACCUCGUAAUGUCUUCCUCUGUGCCAUUGCUCAGUAUGCACUGCUAUGGGGAACUAUGGUUGGCUAUGUCAUCACUGCUGCAACAAGCAUGAUGGCAAUUGAUAGAUCAAAUUGCUUCCACUACAAAGGUCGCAAUGCUCACUGCAACACAUCAGGAAACUUGUAUCUUAUAUUGUUUGGAAUAGUUGAAUUGGUCCUAUCACAAUUCCCAAACUUGGAGAAGAUAACAGUAAUCUCAUUGAUUGCAGCUGCAAUGUCCUUUGCCUACUCUUUUAUUUCACUCUUCUUGUGCAUAUUCAAAUUAGCUUCCAACCACACCUUUCAAGGGACUAUUCUGGGAGCUAAAAUUGGUGGCACUGUGUCUCUGUCCACCAAGGUUUGGUAUGCUUUCCAAGCACUUGGAAAUAUAGCAUUUGCGUACACCUACUCCAUGCUUUUGAUAGAAAUACAGGAUACAAUCAAAGCUCCACCUCCAGAAAACAAAACAAUGAAGAGGGCUUCUCUUCAUGGGAUUGGUGUGACAACAAUCUUCUAUGUAUCAGUAGGUUGCAUUGGAUAUGCUGCAUUUGGAAACAAAGCACCUGGCAAUAUUCUUACAGGGUUCUAUGAACCAUUUUGGCUGGUUGAUAUAGCUAAUGUUGCAGUGAUUGUUCACUUAAUUGGAGCAUUCCAGGUGUAUGGGCAGCCUAUAUAUGCAAAAUAUGAAAAUUACCUCUCAAAAAAAUGGCCAGAGUCAGUCUUCUUCCACAAAGUGUACAUGUUGGCACUCCCAUUCUGCAAGCCUCGAGCUUUCCGCUUCACCUUAUGCAAGUUGAUCCUUCGCUCGGCCUUCGUCGUGCUCACAAUAUUGAUAGCCAUGAUGCUCCCUUUCUUCAAUGCAGUUGUGGGAUUGCUUGGUGCAAUUGCCUUCUGGCCCCUGACAGUUCAUUUUCCUGUGUCAAUGUAUAUGGCUCAGGCCAAGAUCAGGAGGGGGCAAUGGCAAUGGGUGGUGCUUAGCUUCCUGAGUGCUAUUGCCCUUCUUGUCUCUGUGCUUGCUGCUGCUGGCUCUGUUGUAGAUAUAAUUCACAGGCUCAAACAUGUUACAAUGUUCAAGACAAAGCUGUAGGUUCUGGAGCUGAUUAUUUGAUAAACAAAUGGUUAUGUACUAGUUUGAUUUGAUUGAUAUAAAUGUUUGCUUGUUUGUCAUUUCU